GACGGCGGCGGCAGCGGAGCCAUGAAGACUCCGGCGGACGCAGGGUUCGCGUUCCCCGAGUGGGCGUACAAGGCCGAGUCCAGCCCCGGCUCGCGGCAGAUCCAGCUCUGGCACUUCAUCCUGGAGCUGCUGCGGCAGGAGCAGUACCGCGAGGUCAUCGCCUGGCAGGGCGACUACGGCGAGUUCGUCAUCAAGGACCCCGACGAGGUGGCGCGGCUCUGGGGGGUGCGCAAGUGCAAGCCCCACAUGAACUACGACAAGCUCAGCCGCGCCCUCAGGUAUUACUACAACAAGCGCAUCCUGCACAAGACCAAGGGGAAGCGAUUCACCUACAAGUUCAACUUCAACAAACUGGUGCUGGUCAACUACCCCUUCAUCGACCUGGGGCUCACAGGGCCCCCGCUGCCGCAGAGCGCCCCCCCCCUGCCCACGGGGGGGUCCCACUUCCGCUUCCCCCCCCUGCCCGGCCCCUCCCCCACCCCUCCCCCUCCCCCCCCUCCCCCGAACCCGGACGGGGCGGGGUUCCGCCACCUCCCCGCCCAUCCCCCACCCCGCCUGACCCCCGAGGGGCUGUUCCGCCUCUACCCCCCCCGCGAGCCCCCGCUGAGCCCCUUCCCCCCCUCCCCGCUGGGUGGGGGAGGGGGAGGUGGGGGAGGUGGGGAGGGGGGUGGUGGGGGAGGGGCGCUGCUCCCCCCUCCCCCCUUAUCCCCCGCGCGGCCCCUGAGCCCCCCGCACCUGGCGUACAUCCCCUCCCCCACCCUGAGCCCGCUCUUCGGGGGGUCCGGGGGUGGGGGAGGGGGUUCUGGGGGGGGAGGGGGAGGGGGGGGUGGGGGAGGGUCGCACUUCUCCUUCUCGGCCGAGGACCUGCAGCGCGCGCUGGCGGCGCAGGCGCGGAGCGUGCUCAGUUAUCACCUGAGCCCCCGCGCCUUCCUGCCCUGCCCCCCGCCCGCGCUGCUGCUCCCCCACGCCCCUCCCCCACCCCCCCCUCAUCCCCAUCCCCCUCCCCCACCCCCAGGCCACGCCCCGUUCCCGUUCAAGCUGCAGCCCCCUCCCCCCGGCAGGAGGCAGCGGGAGAAGAGCGGGGGGGGAGGGGCGGCCCCUCCCCCAUCAUCAUCAUCAUCAUCAUCGUCAUCAUCAGGGGGUGGGGGAGGGGCGGGAAAGGAGCAGCCCCCCCCCCACAUCAAGGUGGAGCAGGUGGGGGAGGGGGAGGAGGUGGAGGUGGAGGAG